CUGACACCCUCAUCCUCCAUCAUGGCAUCUGCAACAGAUUGGAAACGGCAGAUGGACGCUGCCCCUGAGUCAGAAAAACCGCAGUACCAGUUCUUCUACGAUAAAGCCUUGAAGAGGGAGGAGGAAGAGAAAGAGAGAGAGAGAAGGGAUAAGGUGCAGGCUCACGAGGCCGUCCUUAGCACCGUGUCUGCUCUGACUGAUGAGGAGGUAGAAGAGAAAACGGUUCCCCUCCUCAGAGCCUUAGCAGGGGUCCGGGUUGUUGAGGACCAUACUGGCCAACUCGCACAGGUGUUUAAGCAGCUCAAGGAGUUGCGCGAAGACAUGGCCAAGAUGGCGCAGCAGCACCGCGAUCAGCUGCAACAGUUUGCUAGUUCGCAGCAGGCUCAAAUCGUCUCUUCACUAACCUACCCUGCCUCCAAUGUUGCGUGUCAGUCCAGUUUUGCCCCUCUGACUACGUCUACUUCUUCUCCUUCUACUUCUUCUUCUUCUUUGAGUGUCGUUAACAGCCAAAGCGGAACUGCAGCAAGUCCAGACCCCGCUGCUGCUGCUGCUGCUGCCGCUGCUGCUGCUGCAGCGGCGAGUGGUAGUGUAGGGACUUCUGGAACUGUUGCAGCCCGGGGCCCGGACCCAGCAAUGGUUGGGCCAGGCGGCAGCUUUGCUUACAUCGACAGGAAGGCGGCGCAGAUUCCGUCAAAGUAUGACGGAAAGGAUGACGUCGAGUCUUGGAUCAACUCUAUGCGGUCCUACUUUGACGUAUUGGGGACACCCCCGUCCACUCAGUCGUCUAUCCUGGGGACCAAUGUGGAGCCGUCGUGCGGGGUUUCCUAGAAACCCAAGCUGUCCAAUCAGGCUAUAAGAGAAUAGACCUGAACAAAUGGCUAAAGGCUAC